AGGACAGAACCCAGAGUGGCUGUCACACUGGGCAGACACCAUCUCCUGCAGCUCAGGAGGCAGAGCUGAGCACAGAGGGAUGGGGAAGAAAAAGGCUCCCCAGACAGGCCAUGAUGAAUCUUCCAAACCACUGGGAGAGGUGACUGUGGAGCUCAGCAACUGCCCUGUGAGCUGGCAAAAGAUGCUGCUGCUGCUGAGCUUUAAAGUUUUCACCUUGUUGAUCUCAGUGGCUCUUGCUGUUGUUUUCUGCGGGACUGCCCUGUCAGGAUGGACAAAGGGACUCGUGGAGGAGCUGCCAAGUGUAUUUCCAGCAGGACUGAAACCUCUCUGGAAUUCACACACUUUGAUUGAAACCCAAGAGCUGCAGAAUCUGCUGGGAGAGGUCACUCAACUGAGGGCAGAGAUUAGUAGUUUGAAGGAACUGACCCAGAUGGCUUUGGAAUCCUGUGUCAUGACAGACUGGGCCCUUAAGAGCUCUGGAGCCACCAUUGACACACAAAGAACUUCUCAGACCUACGACUGCAAAGACAGUUCUCUCUGGAGGAUUUUACGCUUCUUCUGGACUGCCAGCCCUCCUGAUACUAUUUUGCAGCCAAAUGUUUUCCCAGGAAACUGCUGGGCUUUCAAAGGGCAUCAGGGCCAGGUUGUCAUCAGGUUGCCAGCACGAGUCUACCUGACUGCCAUCACAGUGCAGCACAUCACCAAAGAUGCCUCGCCAAGUGGGACCAUCUUCAGUGCCCCCAAAGACAUUGCUGUCUUUGGAGUGGAGGCAGACAGAGAAGAGGAAACUCUCCUGGGGAUGUUCACCUACAAUGUGGAAAAAGAUCCCAUGCAGACUUUCCUUCUGAAGAACAUGCUGCUCCCCAGAGCCUUUUCACAUGUCAAACUUCUUGUGAAGAGCAACUGGGGAAACCCGUGGUAUACCUGCAUUUACCGAGUGAAGGUUCAUGGAAAGAUGGCAAGCCAGAAAGACUCAACCCAGGGCCAAGAUAAAUAAAGAAGAAAACACAAAAGAGGAAGAAAGGGCAGGGGGAAGAAGGGAAAUGGGGGGAAUGAUGUGGUAACCCAGUGUUGAUUUUAGAGGAUGAAUGUGGGACUGUGUCAGGUGAGUUUUAGGUAAGAUAUUAGGAAUUAGAGAAUCAUUUAAUCCCCUCUGCUGAAAAGGAACCACAAGGAUUAUGAAGUCUAACUCCUGGACCUACACAGGACAGCCCCAACAACCACACCAUGUGUCUGAGAGCUGGCUCAGUGCCAUAACCAGUUCCCUAAGAAGCCUGUUCCACCCUCUGAGUGAAGAACCAUUUGGGUAAAGAACCUUCUGGGUGAAACACCUUCUGGGUGAGUCACAGAAUCUGCUGAGUUGGAAGGGACCCAAAAGGAUCAUCGAGUCCAAAUCCUGCAACUCCUGGGCCUGCACAGGAUCACCCCAACAACCGCACCAUGUGUCUGACAGCUGCCUUGGUGCUGUAGCCAAUUCUCUGGGGAACCUGUUUCAGUACCUGACCAUGUUCUGGGUUCUUCACCCAGAAGGUUCUUCACUCAGAAAAAGAAGGUUCUUUACCCAAAGGUUCCUUAUCUGUUUCUUCUGGACAGUUACAGGCCCUUCAGGAGGGGUAGGCAGGACAGAAGAGGUGUAAGGUGUCCCUUCCAUGUCAGAGGUUCCAUGGUUCCAUGGUUCUAUGGUUCCAUGGUUCUAUGGUUCCAUGGUUCCAUGGUUCUAUGGUUCCAUGGUUCUAUGGUUCUAUGGUUCCAUGGUUCUAUGGUUCCAUGGUUCUAUGGUUCCAUGGUUCUAUGGUUCUAUAGUUCCAUGGUUCCAUGGUUCUACGAUUCCAUGGUUCCAUGGUUCUAUGGUUCCAUGGUUCCAUGGUUCCAUGGCUCCAUGGUUCCAUGGUUCCAUGGUUCCAUGAUUCUAUGGUUCUAUGGUUCCAUGG